AAAAAAAAAAGACUUGGCAUCCUUCCCUUUUCUCCCCUUUCUUCAAGCUUGGCAUCUGUUCUUUGCGCACUCCACUCCGGCCAACUUUCUUCGCAUCAGCCAGCUCCGGCAUCUCUCCGUCCCUAGGGCGUCUAGGGGCCCGCGGAUUGAUUCGUUGGUCCGCCACUGGCUUCCUUUAACGCCCUUCUUAUCCCCGGAGCUAUCUUCCCUGCGAUGGCAGUUUCAGAUCUAAAACCAUUCCUCUGCUCCCGUCCUCUUUCUUCUCCACGCAAUCUGUCACCGCGCACACACCCGAAGGGGAGGCGUUGCAGCCGGCGAGGCGGCGAGCCACCCGCAGCAAGCAGAGGCGGCGAUCGAGGCGAUCCCGUCUAGCAGCGGCGGUGAGCAGCCUCGCAGACCUCAGCGGGUGACGCUGCGAGUUGCGGCGCAGAGACCCCGUCGAGCAACACCCAUCUUCCCGGCGCCGGUGCCGACAUCUCCGCCGGCGUGACCCUGCCGUCGCCGCAUCGAAAAAAGAAGAAAGCAGCUAAACAUUCCACCGCGGCUCAUCGCCUUCCAGCGUGAGGAUGGACGCGGCCGUCGAUGCGGCGCUCUGGGUGGUAAGCAAGGCGCUGGCCCCCGCAAGGGACGGCCUGCUGGAGUCGUGGGCGGCCAGCUCCAAGCUCGGCACCAACGUCCAAGCCCUGAAGAUGGAGCUGUUAUACGCGCAGGGGAUGCUCGACAGUGCCCAGGGCAGAGACAUCCGCAGCCGGCCUGCGCUACGGGAGCUGUUGAACAAGCUGCGGCAGCUGGCGUACGCGGCCGAUGACGUGCUUGAUGAGCUCGACUACUUCCGCAUCCAGGAUUCUCUCGACGGCACCAACCAUGCCGCUGACGAUGAUGGCCUUGUCCGGAAUGCUUGGCAGACUGCCAGAGCUGCUGCCCACAAGCUUAAACUCGGCUCAAGGUCACGUGAUGAUCCAGCUAGCGACGAAGAAGGUGGUGCCAGACAAGCAUGUCUCUCUAGGGUUCUCCCGUGUGGCGGGCAUGAUAAGAGACCCUCACCAUUGCCGCCCACAAACCAGGGCGUCCAGGAGGCUGGCUAUGCAUGCAUGCCUAAGGUCAUCGCUCGUGCUUGCAACGCUGCAGACACUAUCGGUAAACACUUUCCAUGCCACUCUUUUCCGUCUGUUUGCGGUAAUGAUGUCGCUCCUACCGUGCGGGAAUCCUCUGACAUGACGAGGGGACGGCGAUUUUUCUGUGGUACCUGCCCAUUCAAGGAGAAUAAUCACGCUGUCCUACCACCAAAAUGGAAGUUUCAUCGUGUCGAAAUGUCCCAAAAAAUGAUGGAACUAGUCCAACAGCUGAAACCCCUUUGUGCUAAGGUCUCCACCAUCCUUAAUCUUGAGCUACUAGGCUCCACCCAAAAAGAAAAAACAAGCAGACCCAAAACAACCCCAGGAAUCGUAGAGCCUACGCUUUAUGGUAGGGAUGGUAAGAAAAAGGAGAUUAUAGAUCUAAUAUUAACAUAUGAUAAGUAUUGUGGAGAUGGACUUAGAGUUCUUCCCAUUGUUGGUCCAGGCGGUAUAGGGAAGACAUGUCUCAUCCAACACAUAUAUAAAGAGCUGGAGAGCUCUUUCAAAGUUCUGAUUUGGAUAUGUGUGUCUCUUGAUUUUAAUGCAAAUAGGUUGCUAGAAGAGAUAAAGAAAUAUAUUCCUGAAGUUGAGGGUGAAAAAGGAAGUACUGCCGAGCGAAUCAAACAAAGAUUAAAAUCUAAGCGGUUCUUACUUGUCUUAGAUGAUAUGUGGACAGAUAACGAGCACGAAUGGGGAAAACUAUUAGCUCCAUUAAGAAAUAACGAGGGAGAAAAGAGUAAUGUUGUUAUGGUCACCACUCGAAAACCACGGGUAGCAAGCAUGGUCAGUUCAACUAAUUCUCCGAUUGAGUUGGAACGUCUAAAUGAGGAUAAUAUUAUGUCAUUCUUUGAAGUAUGUGUAUUUGGCAACCAAGAACAACCAUGGAAAAUCUAUCCCGAUUUACAAGAUACCGGAAAAGAAAUGGUGAGCAAUUUAAAAGGUUUCCCUCUUGCUGCAAAAACAGUAGGUAGAUUAUUAAGGAACAGACUUACAUUGGACCAUUGGACAAGAGUUGCUGAAAGUAAAGAAUGGGAAUUAGAAACCGAUCCCGAUGACAUUAUGCCAGCUCUAAAGCUUAGCUAUGACUAUCUCCCUUUUCAUCUACAACAAUGUUUUUCCAACUGUGCAUUGUUUCCAGAAGAUUAUGAAUUUGGUAAGAAAGAGUUGUUUCACUUCUGGAUUGGACUAGGUAUUUUACAUUCAGACGAGCACAAAAGAGCUGAAGACGUUGGACAGGGCUAUUUAGAUAACUUGGUUAAUCAUGGUUUUUUUAAGGAGAAUAAAAACAAGGAUGGCCCUUGUUAUGUUAUCCAUGACUUGUUGCAUGAGUUAGCAGUGAAGGUCUCGUCAUAUGAAUGCCUUAGUAUACGUGGUUCUAAUGUGAACUCCGUUCAAAUUCCCCGCACCGUACGUCACUUGUCUAUCAUCGUAGAUAAUGUUGAUGUCAAGGAUAGAGGGACUUUUGAUAACUAUAAAAUUGAUUUGGCCAGAAGGCUAGGUAAAAAUUUGGAUGUUCAAAACCUACGCACUUUGAUGUUAUUUGGAGAAUACCAUGGAAGCUUUAUUAAGGCUUUCAGGUAUCUGUUUAGGGAAGCUAGAGCUAUUCGAACUAUUUUACUGUCUGGAGUGUCGUAUUCUGUGGAGGAUAUAUUGCAGAAUUUUUCAAAACUUAUCCAUCUACGCUACCUAAGGGUCAUAUCAAACGCUAAAGUGUCCUUACCCAGUGUAUUGUUUAGAUUAUAUCAUCUAGAGAUCAUUGAUCUAGAAAAAUGUUAUGCCGACUUUGGUUUGACAUGGCAUAUGAGCAACCUUAUAAAAUUGCAUCAUUUUCUUGUGUCGGAAGAUCAACUUGAGCUUCACUCUAACAUAAUUGAGGCAGGGAAACUAAAAUUCUUGGAGGAACUGAGGAGAUUUGAAGUUGGAAAAGAAAGCAAGGGUUUUGAACUUAGACAACUAAGGGAGUUGACAGAGCUUGGAGGAUCACUUGAUGUUUAUAAUCUUGAAAAUGGGCAAGCAAACAAGGAGGCGGAAGAACAAAAAAUCUUACAUAAAAAAUACUUACACGAGCUACUAUUAGAAUGGUCUAACAAUGCUGCACCACAAGAAGAAGACAUUCUUGAGAGUCUUGUACCACAUCAAAAUCUUCAACAUCUAUGCAUUAAAGGUCAUGGCGGUGCUAAUUGCCCAUCAUGGCUAGGUCGGAACCUUUCAGUGAAAAAUUUGAAAUCUCUUUGUCUGUGUGAUGUAUCUUGGAACACACUUCCACCUCUUGGGGACUUCAACUUUAUUAAUGAUCCCGGUGAAGGGUUUAAGGGUCUUGUCUCAAGCGAAAACUUCCAAACAUUGAAAAAGCUAAAAUUAGUUAACAUACCAAACUUGAAAAGAUGGGUAAAAAAUGACAAUUGCCAUUUUUUCUCUUGUCUAGAGGCUGUCGAAAUUACAGAUUGCCCUGAACUCGUGGAGUUGCCGUUUUCACUUCCUUCUUGCUGUCAAGCAGAGAAGAAGAACCUGAGAACUUUGUUUCCUGAACUACAGAACCUGAAGAUUGUAAACUGCCCACAGCUAUCCUCCUUGCCUCCUAUCCCUUGGUCUCCUGCCCCAUGCUCUAUUGAGAUAGAAAAUGCAGGAUCAGUUUUCCAGAAACUUGUUUAUUCCAAAGACGAUGAAUCAAAAUUAAGCCUACAAAUUGUGGGAAAAGAUGGUCUGCAGAGCAUUCUCUGGAGUGGGUUGGUUUUUCACAAUUUACCUGAUCUGGAAGUGUUGACUAUAGAUAAUUGCCCUCCCCUGCCGCUGAUUCACCUAGAAAAACUAAAGUCUCUAAAGACACUCAAUAUGCAUAAAAUGGGUAGCACCUUAUUGUGGUUUGAAGGUGAAAGCCAUAAAAUGGAAUCUCCGGUUCCAGUUGAACGCAUGGGGAUCUCGAGUUGUGGUGCUAAUGGGAAGGAAUUGACACAGGUGUUAUCUCAUUUCCCUAAUCUCACAGAUUUGGGUAUAGAGAGAUGUGAGAAGAUAGCAGGUAUGGUGCUUGAGCAUCAGAAGGUGGCCACGUCACCUUCAGCAAAGAAAACAGAGCUGGCACAUCGUACUGGACACCAACCGCAACAGACUACAGGAGAGGAAGAAGUCGCAGCAGCAAGAGAAGAACUGCUCCUCCUGCCUCCCCAACUACAACAGUUAUCGAUCUGGUCUUGCCCUAACCUGGUCUUGUCCACUUCACCGGGCUUCGGUGGUGGAGGAGGCGAAUUCCAAAGCCUCUGCUCCCUCCGCUGGUUGAGCGUAUACUUUUGCCCCCAGUUCUUCUCCUAUUCGUCCUCCGCCUCCUCUUGUUCCCCUUUCCCGACCUCCUUGCAAGAGCUCAUUCUUCGGGGAACGGGGGGCACGGAGAUGUUGCUUCCUCUCUCAAAUCUCACCUCUCUCACCCGUCUACACGUGAAACGCUGUGGGGAUCUGAGAGGCGAGGGCUUAUGGCCUCUCGUUGCCCAGGGCCGCCUCACAAGUUUACACAUCUCCACAACCCCCAAAUUCUUCUCCGGUGCCGAGCCCUCAUGGCCCGACGAUGAAGAGAGCAGUUCCUCUUCCUCCAGAGUCGAGUCUAUGGUGAUACCCUGCUUCGCGGGAGUCUUUACUCGGCCAAUCUGCAGACUCCUCUCUUCCUCCCUCACCGAAUUAAUCUGUUGGGAAGACAAAGAGGUGGAGCGCUUCACGGCGGAGCAAGAGGAGGCCCUUCAACUCCUCACAUCCCUCCGGGAACUCAAAUUUCGUGACUGCGAGAAGCUGCAGGUCCUCCCUGCAUCGCUAUCCAAGCUUACCAACCUCAAGAAAUUAUACAUCCAGGGGUGUCCAGCCCUCCGGUCGCUGCCCAACGACGGCUUCCCGAGUUGUCUGGAGACAUUAAGCAUCUGUGAUUGUCCGGCCAUCAAAUCUCUGCCCGACCACGGCCUCCCGAGUUUUCUACAAAAAUUAGAGAUUGACACAUGUCCAGCCAUCAAAUCUCUGCCAUCAAAUCUCCCGAGCUCCCUGCAAGAAAUAGAGAUUUCCAAUUGUCCGGGCAUCAAAUCUCUGCACAAAGAAGGCCUUCCAAGUAAACUACGGGUAUUAGAUGUCAGAUUUGGUGAUAACAGCAAGGAGCUAAGAAGGCAGUGCCACAAGUUAAAAGGAACCAUUCCAAUUGUCAAGUGCUAAUCCAAGGGCUCUUCUUGGACUUGUACAUUCUUCUAGUAUACCUUCAUAGAUACAAUUCUCUCUGUAUUGAAGCACAGUUCAAGGUGUACUUUCCAGUGCUAGCUUGAAUGUCUCCAAAUGUAUUACCAUGCUGGACAUGAACAGGUCCGCCUCUGCCAUGGAGUUGUAAAUUCUUCUAUCCUUGGAGAAUUUCGGCAACAAGGCAGAGUUCACAUGUCAUGUUUGGGUGGUAUCACCUCCUUAUACAUAAUAUGGGAUCUGUUUGGGAGCUGCGCCUUCUCAUAGCCUCCUAGAGAUCUGUCCAAGCUUCUUGAAAAAAAAGGAAAAAUAUAGAAAAGAAAAGAAAAGAAAAGAAUGGAAAAAAAGGAAUAAGGAAAAGGAAAAGGAAAAGGAAAAGGAAAAUGAGAACAAGAAAGUAAAAGGAAAAAAAUCUCGAAGCUCCAUCAAUUCACAGUUCACACUUGUCGGUCUUGUGUGGUAUCUUUAUGGAAUGUAGUUGUGUAGUUGUAGUAUAUAAAUUCUUCCAGUUAAAGAGUAGAAGUAUUGUUUUUUUAUUUUAUUUUCUAGGAUUGGUUGGCUGGUAGCCAUGUUUCAAAUUUGGAAAGUAUAGUACUAAUCACCUUCGUGUUGGUGCCUUGCAUUGAAGCUGGAGUUAACAGAGUCUUAUUUUGUAGAUCAAUCUACCAGCUGGAAGCUCAAGUAUUGCGAUGUUGUGGUUGGUUCAGGCGUGGUCUUCUGACACCGCAAUAGCCAAAUGAACAAAAAGGCACUGUCUUGUGGAUGCAAUUUUUGUUUAUUCCAAGCAUUUCUGUGCCAAAUACCAGGGUUACAUAAUUCUUUAACUCCAUGGUGCACACUCUGAAACAAAAGCAUCUUUAGCUUAGUCUAGUAAACUCAUAAUCGAGGAUUGCUGCCAUCAAUAUCUGAUCAGGCCACUUGGUUUACCUUCAUACUUAAAUAUGGUGUCCAGCCCUGCAUCGCUACAUCAAUAUCUGAUCGAGGAUUGCUCCUCCCUGCAUCGCUAACCAAGCAUACCAACAUCAGGGGAUUAGGUAUCGGGGGGUGUCCAGCCCUCCGGUCGCUACCCAACGACGCCUUCCCAAGUUGUCUGGAGAAAUUAAGCAUCUCUAAUUGUCCGGCCAUCAAAUCUCUGCCCGACCACGGCCUCCCGAGUUCUCUACAAAAAUUAGAGAUUACCGAUUGUCGAGCCAUCAAAUCUCCCGAGCUCUCUGCAACAAUUAACGAUUCACAGUUGUCCGGGCAUCAAAUCUCUACACAAAGAAGGCCUUCCAAGUUCACUACGGGUAUUAGAUGUCAGUGAUCAUGAUAACAGCAAGGACCUAAGAAGGCAGUGCCACAAGUUAAAAGGAACCAUUCCAAUUGUCAAAUGCUAAUCGAAGGGCUCUUCUUGGACCUGUACAUUCUUCUAGUCUACCUUCAUAGCUGUAACUCUCUGUACCCAAGCACAGUUCAAGGAGUUUCCACUGCAAGCUUGAAGGACUCUCAAUGUGUAUCUCCCAUCCUGUACAUAAACUGGCCUCUGCCAUUGAGUUGUAAAUCCUUCUAUCCUUUAAGAAUGUCAGUAACCAGGCAAUUCCCAUGUCAUGGCCUUGGGUGGUAUGGCCUCCCUGUACACAAGUAUGGGGUAUGUCUUGGAGUUGUGCCUUCUCAUAGCCUCCAAGAGAUCCAUCCAUGCUUCUUGCAAAAAAAAAGGAAAAAAUGAAAAAAAAAGGAAAAUGAAAAGAGAAGGAAAAAAAAGAAAUGGAAAAAAGGAAAAAAGGAGAAAAAAGAAAGAAAGAGGGAAAAAAGAAAAGGAGAAAAAAAGGAAACAAACAAUCGAGAAAAGAGGAAAAGGAGAAAAAAACUCUUCAUAGCUGACACUUGUGUGUCUUGUGUGGUGUCUUUAUGAAAUGUAGUUGUGUAAUUGUACUACAUAUGUUCUUUCAGUAAAAAGUAGGACUAUUAUUUCAUUUUCUAGUUCGGGACUUCCACAAUCAGAACUAGGUUUUCCAGCGCAAAAUAAAAAUUUGGAAACGCUAGUAGGCCCCACCAAAACAGAGAGGAAAGAAAAGAGAAACAAACAAUUAGUAGCUCGUCCCCUUUGUCCUGCUGGUGGUUUGCAUUGAAGCUGGACUUUAUAGAGAUCAAUCUACCUGGAAGCAAAAGUAUUGGAGGAAAUUGUUGUUUGUUCAGCCAGUUGUCUACCACUGCAAUAGCCAUACUAACAGAAAGGCACCGUCUUGUCUUGUGGAUGCAUUGCUGUCUAUUCCAAGUGUUUCUAGACCAAACACCAGGGCUAUAUUAUUCUUGAUUUCCAUGGCGCACACUGUGAAACAAAAGCAUCUUUAGCUUAGACUAGUCCAAUCAUAACCGAGAAUUGCUGCGAUCAAUAUCCAGGCGACCUACGUUUCCUUUCAUACUUAACAUGCAGAUCUGAUAUUGAAGGAAUCAGCGAAAUAGUCAUCAUUUUCUUCGCAACAAUAGCUGCUCAUCUUGAAGUCUUCAGUGUCACAAAUUUGCUGCACCUUGACGGCACAUUCUUAUAGUUCUUUCAAAAGAAAAAUAAAAAAAUAGAAGAGAAAAAAGAAAAAAGAAAAAAAAAGAAAAAGAAAAGAAGAAAAAGAAAAAAGAAAAAAGAAAACAAGGAAAAGGAAAAAUAAUUAUUUUCGAAAAAAUAAGUUCAAGUGCACUCACAGUUCACACUUUGGGUGGAGUGUGGAAGUUCACACUGUGGGUGGAGUGUGGAAGACGGAGUAUAGUGACUGCCCUUCACUAUGCACUGGUGGCGUUGACAGAGGUCCAAAGGCAUAAGCGGCGGGUGGCGGCCAAAGGCAUGGGAGGGGCAGUGGCGGGUGAUGGGUGGCGGCGUAAGGUAUGAGAAGGGUGUGGUAAUGUUGUCCGUUUGUGGUGGAAGAUUUAGGGAUGACGGUGGCAUAAAAGCAUAGAUGACAUCCUUGUUUGGCAUAAAAGCCCGGAUGUGCCUGUUGUUUGAUCUGCCAUCCCUUCAGUCAAUGCCGCAGGCUUCAUAUAUAUUCUUGCUGUUUAGAUGUGCUCCGUGGAAGAUUCGUUCAACAGUGUGCUCCUCGAGCUGCAGAGGUCCGUCAUCCAGGAUGGUGGUAAUCAAUGAUGCUUCUUGUCAGUUCAUUGCAGCUACAAGCAAAGGCUAUGUCGAUGGGUUGGAGCAUGGCUCGUCCUACAGUGUGCUCGUCAAGCUUCGGUGGUUGCUAGGUGGAAUGGAAGCCCCCUUCUGAUAGAGGUCCUCCCUAUAUAGUGGCUUUGUCUUUUUUCCGUUCUCUCUUUUUCUUGUUUUGAGCCUGUUGGGUCUCACCUUUUGUUGGCUUUGUCUGUACUCAUGCUUCUUGCGCUUCCUUAAUGAAAAUGACACGACGCUCGGCGUGUUCGAGAAAAAAAAAUGAACGCGGUGAGCACCUUACUGUUUCUGAAAAAAAGAAACAAAUUCCAUUUGUAAUGCUGACUCUUGAAGCGCUGUAAUCUGCUACCAUAUUGUUUUUUCUCAAAGCAAA